AUGUCUACACAUUCAAAUAAUUCAUUCGAAAAGAUAGUCAAUAGUAUCGAAGAAAAAAAAUUAUUAAAAAAACUGGAUCUAAGAAUUAUUCCUUUAGUUACGCUUCUUUAUACCCUUAGUUUCUUGGAUAGGGUCAAUAUUGGAAAUGCGAAGCUAGCUCAUUUGGAACGUGAUCUUAAUUUAGUUGGAAAUGAAUAUAAUUGGUCUUUAGGCAUAUUCUUUAUAGGUUAUGUAAUAUUUGAAGUGCCAUCCAAUAUCGCAUUAAUAAAGAUCAGACCUUCAAUUUGGAUUUCAACACUCAUGCUUAUAUGGGGUAUCAUAAUGACAUGCAUGGCAUUUGCGAAAAAUUUUUCACAAUUGAUGGUUAUAAGAUUUUUAUUGGGUGCUUUUGAAUCUGGUCUUUUUCCAGGUGUUGUAUUUUACCUUACAAGAUGGUACAAGAAAUCUGAACAAAGUUAUCGAAUCGGAUUGUUUUUUUCUGGUGCUACAAUUGCUGGUGCAUUUAAUGGUCUUUUGGCAUUUGCAAUUACAAAUUUGGAUAGUAAAUACGGCUUGAAUGGUUGGCAAUGGUUAUUUAUUAUCGAUGGUUUGGCGACAGUUAUCGUUGCACUUUUCGCUUAUUUUUUAAUCUCUGAUUCUGUGGAAACUGUUUCUUGGCUUACAGAAGAUGAACGAAAGUUGGCUAUUGAUCGAUUAAAACUUGAUGCGGGAGAUGCCCACGCAACUCAUUUUGACAAAGUUGAGAUCAUCAAAGCUUUUAAAGAUGUGGUAAUAAUUCGUAGUCCAUAUCUGAUAUUUUCUAUGUUAGUUGCAGUUAUAGGAUAUUCAUUACUCGUUGCGCAGAGUACUAGUAUUGCUUUGAAAUAUACUGGUGCUUGUGUUGUUGGGUUAGGUGCAUUUGCAAGUAUUCCAACUUCAAUUGCAUGGUUAACAAAUAAUCUGGCAGGUGACUCAAAACGAGCAGUAGGUUGCGCGAUGAUGAUAGCUUGGGGUAACAUAGGUGGAGUAGUAAGCGCACAAUUAUACACCGCUAAUGAAGCACCUGACUAUAAAUCUGGACAUUCUAUUGCAUUAUCACUUUUACUUAUUGGAGUAAUUUUAUCUAUAAUUCAAUAUUAUUAUUUGAAAAGAGCUAAUAAAUUAAAACUCAAUGAUCCUAAUAAAUUUUUAAAUGAACUUAGUGAGGAGGAGGUUAAACAUUUGGGUGAUAUGCAUCCUUCGUUUAUUUAUAGCUUGUAA